CUUCCGCCAAUAAAACAGUAGACAAAAUGUUUUGUAGUACAGUAGCCAAUUGCAAUACAUAUGCAAAUUAAUUAAAAUUCUCGAAGUUACAAGUGCGGUGAAAAAGAAGAAAUUAUGAAGGAGUUGUUUGGCGUUUUUUAUAAAGUGUAUUUUGCUAAUAUUUGAAAGUUCUUUCAUAUUAAGAUGAUUUCACUGGAACAUUCACUUCUUUAUGCUAUCUUAUUUUCAAUAGUAUGUUUAAUUACGUUUUCUUUAAUAUUAUAUUUGAUAACGCAACCAUAUCCUAAAAUAUGGCGCGAUGAGAAAGAGAAAUAUUUCUUUAAUCCAAAGACAAAAAGUACUGAAAUAUUUCCAUCGCUCUAUGAUAAUUGGAGCGUACAUCUAAGCAUCAUAGUACCUGCAUAUAACGAAGAACAAAGAUUGCCACUGAUGUUGGACGAAUGUUUGGAAUAUAUGGAAGAACGUUUAAAAAAUGGAUGUACUUAUGAAAUAAUUGUAGUUAGCGAUGGAAGUACGGAUCAAACUGUGCAAAUUGCACAAAAUUAUGCACAAAAACAUGAAAAUAUCAGAGUACUAGAUCUUGUUAAAAACAGAGGAAAAGGCGGUGCAGUAAGAUUAGGAAUAUUAAGUGCAAGAGGGAGUGCAAUACUAUUUGCAGAUGCAGAUGGUGCUACUAAAUUUAGAGAUUUAGAAAGGCUAGACGACAGUUUAAAAUUCAUUUUAGGAUUCGAUUAUAAGAAUAAACCAGAUGAAGUCAGUUCAUCUCAUGCAAUAAUAUGUGGAUCCAGAGCACAUUUAGAAAAAGAAGAAACUGCCAAACGAACUUUUUUCCGUUUAUUGUUAAUGCACGGUUUUCACUUCUUAGUAUGGUUAUGGGGAGUGAGAGGAAUCAGGGACACACAGUGUGGCUUUAAACUUCUAACACGAAACUCUGCAAGACUUGUAUUCCAAGCCUUGCAUGUCGAACGUUGGGCAUUUGAUGUAGAAAUGCUGUAUAUUGCAAAAAUUCUAAACAUUCCUAUUGUCGAGAUUGCUGUAAAUUGGACUGAAAUAGAAGGAUCGAAGAUAGUACCUUUUUGGAGUUGGGUACAGAUGGGUGGAGAUUUAUUUUUUAUUUGGUAUAAAUAUAGAAUUGGAGCAUGGAAAAUAAAAAAAUCCAAAAUGACAUAACGCAAGUGCAUACCUACUUAUAAAAAAAAAAAACUUCGAGUUAACAAAUUACGAGUAUAAGAAGUUGUACAAUUUUUCGAGA